GACCAGAUGCUGGCGCGCCCGCGUGGCUUCGCGAGGAAGAGGUCGGUCCGCCGAACCGAAUGUGCUCUCCACCCCCGCCAAACUUGACGCGCGCGGCCGAACGGCACUAGCUAUUCUUGGGCAUCUUCGUAAUAUUCCCUCGGCAUCUUCCCGCCCGGCGCCCCCCGGCCCGGUAUAUAAGGCCGCCUCCGCCGCGGCUCCCCCAGCCAUCUAUCGAUCAGAUCCAUCGCAAACACCAAGCCUCGAGAAAACCAGCGAGCCUAAACCUCGCGCAAUGGCCGCCGCCGGUAAUGGCAUCGUGGUGGUGUUCGACUUCGACAAGACCAUCAUCGACGUCGACAGCGACAACUGGGUGGUGGACAGCCUGGGCCUCACGGAGGAGUUCGAGCGCCUUCUCCCCACCAUGCCGUGGAACACCCUCAUGGACACCAUGAUGGGGGAGCUCCACGCGCGCGGGGCGACCCUGGCCGACGUCGCCGCGGCGCUGCGCGCGGCGCCCAUCGACCCGCGCGUGCCGGCCGCCAUCCGCGCGGCCGCCGCGCUCGGGUGCGACCUGCGCGUCCUCAGCGACGCCAACGCCUUCUUCAUCGAGACCGUCCUCGAGCACCACGGCCUCCGCGGCUGCUUCACCGAGGUCAACACCAACCCGAGCCGCGUCGACGCCGGCGGCCCCCUCCGCAUCGAGCCCUACCACGACUUCCUCCGCGGGGCGCCGCACGGGUGCGGCGUCGGCACCUGCCCGCCCAACAUGUGCAAGGGCCAGGUGCUGGACCGCAUCCUCCGCGAGGCCGCCGCCGCGGCGCCCGCGGGGAGGAAGCCGCGCGUCAUCUACCUGGGCGACGGCCGCGGCGACUACUGCCCGGCGCUGCGGCUGGCGCGGGAGGACUUCGUGAUGCCGCGUCGCGGGUACCCCGUGUGGGACCUCAUUCGCGAGGACCCCGCGCGGGUGCAGGCCGAGGUGCACCCCUGGGCCGACGGCACCGAGAUGGAGGCCACGCUGCUGGGGCUCGUCAGGAGGGCGCUCGUCGAGGACGCCGCCGCGCUGCUGCCGCUCGACUGCAAGCUCGAGUCCACCAUGCCCGCCGCCGCGCAGGACGGCGGCAUGCCCAUCAUGCCGCUCGGCGUCAAGAACUGAUCGACCAUUGUAUUCG